CACUAAACUAUAUGACCGUAAAAUCUAUACAACAAACAUCGCCACUGAAGUCCUUUGUUCAUACGAACACUCAGGAGGAACAUUCUUUCAUUUCCGUAUCAACAGACAAUCUAAAGUCAUGCGACUACGUCAUGUCAGAGUCCAAACCAUUCCAUGGUGAUGAAGAAUUCAAGCAGACCUUCUUCAGAGCACAAGAAGCUAUGAGGAAAGGCAUUCAUCCCGUGUUGAUUCCAGAGGGAAGUUCAGGGUCCUACUAUGUUCGCGACGAGAACUUGGAGAACAUCGCCGUUUUCAAGCCCUCGGACGAGGAGCCAUUUGCAGCGCUGAAUCCUAAGUGGCCAAAGUUCUUCCAGA